CCUAUACAAUUUAUUUGAAAAUUCUAAAAGAAAAAAAAUAAAUAAAAUUUACAGACAGAAAGCUAAUUAUUUUUCUGAAUGAAAUUGUUAUCAUAAGAAUAAAGUGAGUCAUAAUAAUCAAAUAUGGAAGAGAGUUAAAAAUCUGAGGAAGGAACAUAAUCUAGGAAUAUAGAUAUAUUGGGAGAGAAGGAAUAGUAAAGUUUGAACCAAUUAAAAUUCUUCGAUGUAUAAAAUUUUGGAUUUGAUCACAUGAUUCAUAUGAUAGGAAAGGUUAAUGGUGAGAGUUCUAAAGAGAAUGUAGGAAAAGUGAAGGUAUUAAUUAAGUCAUAAUGUUAUCAGAAAAUAAAAAAGUUCUAACUGAAAGUAAAAUGUGAAGGUGGAAAAAGGAAAGAGAAGAUGAAUAAAAAGAGAAUCCUAAAAGAAAUAGCUAUGGAGGAGAUAUUAGGAUUAAUAGGAGAGUUGUGAAUAAUUGUUUAUGAUAAUUGUUUAUACUUUUAAU